AUGUCCCCUCCUAGACGAACGAUUCUCUUCAUCACCAGCCCGGAACAUGGCCAGUCGAACGUUGCACUCGCAGUAGCAGGUGAAUUCGUGAACCGUGGUGACUUUGAAGUCCACAUCGCCUCUUUUAAGGGCCUCUCAAACCGUAUCCAAGAGCUCAACGACAACGUCGACUAUGAUCAAGUGAUUCAUUUCCACGCUAUUGCAGGCUCGUCCUUGACAGAGAUCACAGCACGAAAAACAGCCCAACUGGCCCAUCUACCGGGUCUUGCAGGGACACUCGAUGGGUGCGACAAGAUCAAUUUCUCCGUCCUGGGAUGGAAACCUGAAGAGUAUCUGCGUUCAUACAGAAGCUGCCUUGAGAUAUUAAAGGAAGUGAACCCGGCUGUUGUGGUCGCGGAUCCGCUUUUGCACCUGGGCUUAGACGCAGCUCGCAGUCUUCGUAUGCGCAUAGUAAUUUUGUGGCCGGUUCCUCUCAAAGACGUCGUCAUCACGGUUCAGCCAAAAGCCGGAAUUCUCUGGAAAUACCCUCUUACUGGCUCGGGCUAUCCAUUCCCCAUGCCCUGGAACCUGAUUUUUGCAAACAUCUACAUGGUCUUCUGCUUUGGUUUCAUCGUUCGCUUCGGCAAACCUAUGCGUGAUCUUCUUCACAUACGCAAAAAAGCAGGAAUCCAAACGGAUUUCCCUCACAUCUCGCCAUACAGCAAGGAGAAUUUGCACCUCUCACCCUGCUUCCCAGAAAUGGACUUUCCAUUAUACGUCCCGGAAAAUGUGAUCAGCUGCGGCCCAAUACUUAGGCAGUCAUCGGCUCUGGCAUCGUGCGAUAUUCCAUUAAACACGUGGUUAAAGCAGCCCACAGUUUUGAUCUGCCUUGGAUCACACGUUCAAGCCCCAGAAGACGACGCAUUGCAGAUGACGAAGGCGAUCCAGGUUGUUUUUCGACAGUUUCCCGAUUUGAAGAUUUUGUGGAAGCUUAAAUAUGACUGGGAAAGCUCGCGGAAAGUCAAGAGCCUUCUAGGACCCCUUGUGUCUUCUAACAAAGUCAAAGUUGUAUCUUGGAUCCAACCCGAGAUCAUAUCGCUCUUAGAAAGUGGAUCCAUCGUUGCAUAUGUUCAUCACGGAGGAGCGAACUCGUUUUUUGAGGCUUGCAAGGGUGGAGUACCACAGGUUGUUCUUCCACAAUGGUUCGACACGUAUGAUUGUCCUUCGAGAGUAGAAUGGCUGGGAAUCGGUCUUCAUGGGAGUCGCAAGGUGGCACCAAAAAUCGGAGCGACGGAACUGUCCUCGGCACUGCUACGGGUACUGAGAGAUAAGGGGAUUCAGUCUCGGGCCAAGGCUAUUGGUGACCUUUGUAAGACGACAGAGGGCAGAGAGUUUGCUCAUGAUCAAAUCGUGCAGUAUGCACAGAAAGAUUUAGACCCGUGCGUGUCGUUCCCAGGCUUAGAAUCGAACGGUUUUCAACUCGCUCAAAACUCGCCGCACAUCUUGACGAGCCAGACUCAACUCUUCAUCGACUGUGCCAUUAGCGUGUCGUGCCUUCACUUCAUAGUGCAGCUCGACCAGUUCCUUUGCACGACGGAGAUCAUCCCUGUCUUGAGCCUGGCUCUUAUCUGCCGACGCACUGCCUCCGGUGGAAUCACACUCCGGGGCAUGCUUGUAUAUGAAGCGCUGUAA